AUGUUACCGAAAAAGAAACGUUGGAUGGCUGAUGUUCAUCCUUCUCCGUCAAAUCUAGUUUCCUUGCCAACAACACUGACAACUGUAUCGAAUAAUGAUACUUCAAAAAAGAUAUGCUGUGAUACACCUAUACAAACAAUGAAUACAAAUACAAAUUCACGAUCCUUGCCAAUUCCGAUUUCAUCACCUCAACUAUCAUCGGGUAAAAGUUUACAAGGUGGAAAUUUAAUGUCUUCUUCAGAUCUGUAUAGUAUAGCUGUCUUACAGCAGCAACAACAACAGCAGCAACAACAACAACAGAGCCAACAACAACAACAACGGCAAACACACCAUCCCCAACAGCAACAGACCUUUAACAAUCGGUCAGGAUCUAAUACCUCUGAACAUAGUCAUGGGGAUAAAUCUCAGACAAUGACGUCUAGACAGUCUAGUCAUUCUAUGAAAUCUACACCAUCUGGACGUCGAAAUGAUGUCAAUUCUAAUCUGAUUACAACAAUAUCUCAAUAUCCUACGGAAUUAUUACAACAACAACCUGGAUUAUUGUUACAAGUAUUACCACAAGAAUAUUUAGUGAAUUAUGCACAAAAUUUAGCUAAAUUGAAUGCUAAUAAAAAUUCUAGCGAAUCAGUGCAUACCUCAGUAAAUGAAUGUUCUGUGCCAUCGAAAAUGAAUAAGAUGGAGAAUACUUCACUGGCAAAUAUUGCUUAUUCCCAGGGUUUAUUACAUCAAUCUGAUACUCAGGGACGUCAAACGCAUAUAUCUACGCAUACAAAUAUGUCAAAUCCAUCACUCAGGAUUAAAUGUUCCGAAAAUUCUAAAAUUCAACGAACACCACCACCACCACCACAGACUCUCAGGUCUAGUCCUAUGCAUAAUUCACCAGUAUUUCAAUAUCCAGCACCAACAAAUUCCCAAAGAUUUUCUCCACCACCACAUCCGCCACCACCGCCUCCUCCUCCUCCUGCACCUUCUCAAACAACAUCACAUCCACCUCCUCGUCGUUUAAGUGGUUCUGGUGAUCAGGUGAGGAAUAAUACGAAACCAAUGACACAAAGUCACCAUCUACCCACUGGUUUCGAUUUAUCCUCAAUCUCAGCUGUUGCUAGAGCCGCCAGUAUGUUAUCUCCAUCACAACUUGAAGCUGCAGCUGCUUUGUUAUCACAAUGGGAUAAUGCUAAUCACCUGUCAUUAUUAGCUAAUAAUCCUUCAUACAGGAAUUUAUGUAAUAUUGCUGAAUUAUCCGGAAACAAUAAACAAUUAGCUAACAACUCUAGUGUUAGCUAUGCUUCAUCGAUUCCCUCUGAAACAAAUCCUGUUUCUAGUAGUUGUUAUAUGGACAAUCCUAUUCAAGGUGUAAACAGAUCUGGUAUGACAACGGAGGCUAAAACUCGAAGAGUCAGUGAUAUAUCAUUCGUCAAUCCUAAAACUGUUCCAUCAGUUUCAAUCGGAACAAUGUCUGAUUUAAGAUAUCCUAAUAUGAAAAGUAGUCCUCUGCCGAGAUCAAUGGAGUCAACGAAUCGUUUAAAUUCACGUUCAUCAACUCCAGUCAAUGAAUUGCAUAAAUCUGAGCAUAUUUGUUGUCCACCAUGGAUAACAGGUGGUACUGGAAGUGGGACUGGGAGUGGGAGUGGUGGCGGCGGGGCUGGUGGUGGUAGUGCUAGUGAUCAAAGAACUUAUCCAACUGACUCUUCUCAUCCAAGUAAACCACAAUCAUCGAAUCCACGUGAUCAUCAGACAGUUGAAUUGGCUGAUUCAAGACUUGCUAUCUUACACGAUGCUAAACUAGCCUCACUGAGUGUAGAUUGGCCAUCGUGUACAAUGAGUCAAAAUAAUAUACCAAUGAGUAGUAAGGCAAAUCGUAUUCGAUCAUCAUCAUCAAGUUCAUUUUCAUCGACAGCAUGUCAAGCAGUUUCUCUAUCCAGUACACCUGAAUCGCCAUUUUCUCUGGUGAAUCAUCAGUUAAAUAAUACAAAAACAAUUGAAAGAAAAUAUAGUACGUCUAGUUCAUCCCCAUUGUCUGUUUCAUCAUUUCUUCCAUCUGAAUCGGUGAAUAAAACUCCAAUAUCUGGCCAAUGUAGUCCUAAUGUUGUCCCAAUGAAUUUCAAUUUUAAAGGACCUAAUCCCCAUAUUCAAACAUCGAUUUCCUCAUCGUCAUCAUCAUCAUCGCCUGUGUCUGUGUCAUCAACAUCAUCAUCGGCAUCAUCCUCUUGCUGUCAGACAAUCAAACCUCCAUCUCCAGUCAUUGGAAGUGGGCAUAAAAUUCCCAAUUCUACACAACAGUCUCAAUUCAUAAUACAUUCUGGAGAAGAAAAUUCCCCGAUUACUACUACUUAUUCCCAGUCCUCGAAUUCCUUUUUCCCUAUGAAUACAAAUUCUACAGCUUCUAUGAAUAAUAAUAAUGCCAUUGAAAUAGUAUCCAGUAAAGUAGAAAAUGAUCGAUCUAACAUUAAUUGGUCAGGAGGUAAAAGGUCGUCUAUUCAUCAAUCAGAAGCAAAUAAAAGACAGCCUACAGUAGUGGUGAGCUCUCCAAGUGUACCACCACCAUCAACUACUACACCGACACAGCUUAAACAAGAUUCUACAAAGAAUAAAAUCAAUGAUAAUAAUUCAUUAGAUCAAAGAACUCAAAAUACUUCAAUGCCACUGAAAAAACGGCUUAUUCAACGGUAUGAAGCUGAUCGUGAUGAUAAUCCUAAAGUUCAGAGUAGUAGACCACCAUCAUCGUAUUCAGAUGAUAUGAAAGCUAAUCAAUAUUUAUGCGAAAACCGGUUGACAACGAAAGAGAAUGUAGAGAAAAUUGACUACUGUUCUGAGAGAAAAUUUAAACAAAAGAAACGCUCUAAAUAUGGAACAACUACUGGAGGAAUUUUAGGCUUACGAAAUGAUGAUGCCGAUGGUGAUGAAAGUAAACCGACAAAAAUCACUACAACAAAAUCUUCAUUGAAUAAUAAUAAUAAUAGUUUAAAAAAAUCUGCUCCAAAAAUUUCACGUCGAUCUAAUAAACAAUUACCACCAUUAUGUGAGGGUGAUACUGCUGCCGCUGCGGCUGCCGCUGGUGUUGCUGAUGAUCAUGUGGAUGAUGUGGACGAUGAUGAUGUUGAGGAUGACGAUGAUGAUGCCGAUGAUGAUGAGGAUGGUGUCGGUGAUGAUGAUGAUGAUGAUGACGAAUCACAUAUGAAUGUAAAGCUGAAUUCUCUUCAACCGGCGGAAUAUGAUCAUCCUGGUAAAGGAAAACUUUGUAAAGACAGGAGAAAAACUGAAAGACGAUCAAGAAAGCAUAGUCCUGGUGUAAAUAGUAAUUCUAGUCUAUCGCAUACAUCAUUACGUAAUGAUGCAUCAAGAAGUGGUACUACUACUACUACUAGUAGUGGGGCUGGGGGUGGUGCUAUGUUGAAAAAAAGACGAUUGGCUGCUGUCAAUGGGAAUCUAAUGAUGAUGGCUACUACACAUGCUCAACGAAGUACUAGUUCAGGAAGUAAUAGCAGUAGUGGUCGUAGUCGCAGUCGUAGUAGAAGUAGUUCUAGUUUACGCAGUGUUGAAGGUGGUACUGUUGCUGCUGGUGGUUGCGGUGGUGCCGGUGCUGGUGAUUGCAGUGAUAAUGAUGCCUGUCGACAUUCUUCUUCAAGUUGUUCAUCAACAAUUCAAUCGAAAAGUUCAACAGAUCGACAAUUAUCAUCCUAUUCUCGAAUGUCAUCGUCGUAUAAAUCUAAUCUAAAGGAUAUGAUGACUGUGAAUUCAUGUAAUCAUUUAAUGACUCCAGAUGGAUCACCUGGUACACAUUCUUCUAUGGAUAGUAUUAAUGGUGGAGGGUCAAGAAAACCAAAAAGAACAGCUGCAUUAGCAGCAUCUAUGGCAACAGCUGUUUCUACAGUGAAAAAACCUCGUCUAUCAUCAUCAUCAUCGUCGUCAAAGCAUCGUAGUAAUUUAAGUGAUGCCGGCAAAGUGAAAAAUCGAUGUAAAAAUAAUCAUAACCAUAAUGAGGAUGAGGAUGAUAUUGAUGAUGACUCGUCUUCACAUUGUUGUAUAGAUCUUAAAGAUGAACCAAAUGAUCAAGAUGAUGUUAUCUCUAUACUUAGUGGAAAUUCUUGUGAAAAUCAUCCUAUACCUAAUGAACUUUCAGCUGCAUUAGCUGAAGAGAAUUUACAAUUUGAAGAACUUGCUAAACAACUUCCUGGUCCUCCUGAUUUAAAUCGUACAGCCAAUAAAUCGUUACAUUCCACGCAUUCAUUGAAUUUUUACAAACGCAGUCAACGUGUUUUUGUCCAAUUGAUUAGUUGUAGUGAUGUUGGCUUAAAACAAGUACCAAAAUGUCGUGCUUGUCGUCAUGCUCGGGUUACCUAUCAUCAACAAAAUUCACCAUCAAAUUUUAUCAAUGGUGUAGAUGACUCCGAGGAUCAUCACUAUUCAUCAGAGAAUAAACAUUCUUUAUUCAACAAUAAUAAUGAUGCUGAUGAGGUCAAUUUAAAGAAAAAUCGACUGAAGGAGAGUACAACUGAAAAGUUGAAAGAUAAACGCAGUGUUACACACUCUUCAUCACCACCUGUAUCUGUAUUUUGUCGAUUUUGGGGUUUUAGAAAAUUAUGUUACAAUAAUCGUGGUGUAUUAAAAAUAGCAGAUUUUUGUCGAUCUACUGAAUCGGAUGCUUUAGAACGUUCUCUAUGGGAGAUGUAUCAUCCAGUUUCACCUUUUCUAAGCGCAUAUGCUGCCCGCUAUAUUGUGGAAUGUGCUGGAGGUCUUUUCUGUCGUCUACUUCAUCAAGAGUUGACAUCGCUAAAUGGUAAUAAUUCCAAUCAUAUAGAAUUUCAAAAAAUCACCUCAUUGUCUGGUAGAAAUGGAAAAUCGAAUUCAAAUAGUGUUAAUAAAAAUGAUAACAAUAAUGAAGGUGGUGUUGGUGAUAAUACUAACUUGAUUGCAUGGAAAAAACCUGUCAAAGGAGUACGUGAAAUGUGUGAUGUUUGUGAUACAACAAUGUUUAAUACACAUUGGGUUUGUGCCAAAUGUGGUUAUUCUGUUUGUACAGAUUGUUUAGAUGAAUCUAAACUAACCAACAAUUCAUCAGUUAAUUCAGAUAGAAAAAUCAAUGAAAAUGGUACAGUUGUGGAGAAAAGCAAAUCAAAGCAUUCACGAGGUCGUGGUGGUGGUCCACACGGUUGGGCAUCAUGUACUACAACACGUCAACAUCAUGAUCCAAAUCGACUUUUGCUGACAUCUUUACUGCCUUCUGGUAUUAUAGGCAGAUUGAUUCAUCGAUUACAUCGUAUUGCUAAUUAUCAUCAAAUCAAUAUAGGCUGUCAUUGUUCUGCUGCUUCUUCUUCGUCAGCAUCGUCAGCAGCAUCAACAGCAUCAUCAGAGAGUAAUGGGGAUGUGUCGUUGAAAUCGACUAAAACACUGGAUGUUGUUCGAGAUGGUGUUGAUAGAAAUUCACUCGAUUUGUUAGCUGAUAUAGCCUUGAAAACAGAUGAGUCAAAUACUACUACGACACAACGAUGCGGCGGCAUCAAUAGACGACAACUCCCACUACCGCUGUGA